CCCAAUGGCUCAUGGCUCUUUUUUCCUCCCGAAGCUCGAUGCUUCCCAGAACCUAGGUCGCAUCUACGACUUCAUUCUAGAUAGCAAGAGCACACGCGUCGCAUAUUCUUUCGCUGCAGAAGAGAGUGACGAGUGCACCGACAUCACCCAGACUGAGUUGGUCCGCGCGGCAUGUCGUGCAGCUCACAUACUCCGUCCUGCGAAACAGGGGGCGGACAAGCAGAUUGUUGCCAUCCUCGCACUUUCAGAUGUCCUGAUCUACCAGGCGGUUAUCAUCGGAUGCAUUCGCAGCGGUCUCAUCCCAUUCCCCAUUUCUCAUCGCAACUCGCCAGCUGCCAUCGUGCACUUGAUCAAAGCGACUGGCGCUCAUCGUAUCCUCACGACUCAUGCAUCCUACGGUCAUGUCAUUGAAACCCUUUGCGCCGACAUUGCCGCCCAAGAUCCCACGUACGAGCUUUCCGUCGAGGAAAUGCCCAGCUUGGGUGCCCUCUUCCCACGGCUUGGACGCGAGUGCCAAGAAGAUGCAUUUACUCCCUACCCCACCCUGACGUCCCCGAGCACGGACACUGCGCUCAUCCUGCACUCCAGCGGGAGCACUGGCUUCCCCAAGCCGAUUCCUCUGUCACAUAGAGCUCUCAUCGAGACCGUCUCUUUCGGAUCACUCAAGUCCCUAACAGAUGAAGCUUCACGCAUCGCGGUCGGCCACCUGCCGCCAUUCCACACCAUGGGAAACCUCUUACAGCACCUUCUUCCCGUCCUAAUUGGCGCUACGGCGUGCAUUUUCCCACCCGCAUCGUCUGCAACGGAGUAUAGAAUCCCACCGGCUGCGACAUCCGAUUUGGCUCUUCGCGAGUCCCAGCGGGCGCAUGCGACUUGUAUCAUGACCGUCCCAUCCUUCGUCCUGGAGUGGGCUCGCAACGCAGAAGACGUCCAGUAUCUCAAGACUCUGGACCUUGUGGCGUUUGCUGGCGGACCGCUAUCACUCAAAGUCGGUGAUGCUCUGAUUGCCCAGGGGGUCAAUGCGGUCAAUAUCUACGGUUCCACAGAGGGUGGUGUUGCCUCUGUCGUCGGGGAGCGAUGUUCACCGGACUGGUCAUGGUUCAAGUUCCCGGAAUCGAGGGUGAACAUCCGCUGGGUCCCGCAGGGAGAUGGAUCGUACGAGAUGCAGUUUUUGACUGUCGACACACACCACCCAGCGCUCGAGAACCUGCCAGACGUCCGAGGGUACGCGACCAGUGACCUAUUUGAGCGUCAUCCCACGCGAGCCGACCUCUUCCGUAUCAUUGGUCGUGCCGACGAUGUGAUCAUCAUGGCCAACGGUGAGAAAGCCGUCCCUGGCCCCAUGGAGGAUAUAAUCACCGCGAACCGCAAUGUCUCUGGGGCUGUCAUGUUUGGGCGAGAGCGGAACCAAGUCGGUGUCAUCGUUGAGCCGAGCAUGAGCUGUCGCGUGGAUGUUAAGGACGAAGUGGAGAUUGCAAGGUUCCGGAAUUUGAUCUGGGACUCGGUCCAAGAAGCCAACGAGCAGGCACCUGCGUUCGCCAGAAUCUACAAAGAAAUGAUUAUCGUCACAGGUUCUGAGAGGCCGAUGAUCCGAGCGGCGAAGGGCACUAUCAUCAAGAAACCCACGGUGCUUAUGUACCAGCCGGAUAUAGAUGCUUUAUAUGACGCAGUCGAAGCGAGUUCCAGUGCGGCGGCCGAUAUCUCCCCACCAACGUCCUGGACCACGGAAUCGCUCAUUCCCUGGCUCCGAAUGCAAGCCACGGCGCUCUCAGACAAAGAAAUCGACGUCGGCACAGAUCUGUUCGACCAGGGCUUCGAUAGUCUGAACGCAACGUUCUUGCGCCACCGCAUCGUCGCCAUUUUGAAGACGAAUCCAGCAGCAGCCAAAGCGGUGGAGCAGAACUUCAUAUAUGCGCACCCAACAAUCGUCAGCCUAGCUGCGGCCAUAUCUAGUCUGAUUUCGGCCGGGUCAGUGACUGCUGCGGAUCCCAAGGCCGAGAUCGAAGCCAUGAUACAGAAGUACUCCGUGGGACUGGAUCGUGGAUCUGUGCGGAAUGCGAAGAAGGCACCGGCGGAUGGAGACGUGGUAUUGAUCACUGGAUCGACGGGAGGCCUGGGCUCGCAUCUGCUUGCAGUCCUCGUCGGCGCAGCGUCGGUUCGACAGAUCUAUGCGUUCAAUCGCCACAGUCCUCGUGCUUCCUCAUCAGAGCGACAGAGGGAAGCUUUCCGCGAUCGUGGAUUCAACGAAGCCUUGCUUGCUUCUGAGAAGAUUGUGUAUCUGGAGGGCAGCACAUGGGAGGAGAACCUCGGAUUAGGCCGAGACAUCUACGAGCAGCUACGCUGCAGUGUCAGUGUGAUCAUCCACAACGCGUGGACGCUGGACUUCAACAAGAGUCUCGUCUCAUUCGAGCCCCACAUCCGUGGGACGCGUAACUUGGUCGACCUCGCAAUCGGAUCCGGAAACGCGCGAUUCCUUUUCACAUCCUCAAUUGCUUCUGCAAAGAGCUGGGACCCCAAACUGGGACCAUUCCCUGAAGAGGUGCAGCUUGAUGCAAGUAUUGCUGUCGGGAACGGGUACGGAGAGGGCAAAUACGUCUCUGAGAGGAUAAUACACGCAUCGGGACUCGACGCGACGUCCUUCCGAAUCGGACAAGUGUGCGGAUCACAAUCGAAUGGAGCCUGGGCCACGACAGACUGGGUCCCGGCGCUCGUCAAAUCGAGUAUUGCUUUGCGAUGUCUGCCUUCCGAUCCAGACGGAACGAACGCCUGGAUCUCGCCCGAAGCCGUUGCGGAAAGUAUCGUGGAGUUAGCUCUGCGUGUGGAACCCCCUCCGUUUUCGAUCAAUCUCGUCCAUCCGCAUGCUGUCUCCUGGGAUUCAGUCAUGAACUGGAUCGCGCAAAUGCUGGAUCUGCCGCUUGUGUCGUUUGAAAACUGGGUGGCGGCUCUGGAAAAGAGCGCCAUUGGUGCCGGUGCUGCAGAGUUCGAGCGCAUUCCGGCGCUGAAGUUGAUUGACUUUUUCAAGUCAGCCGAGACAGCUGGACAGUUCUCGACCACAAAGGCUCAAUGCCUGGACUCAAUGCGUAAUCUGCCGCCGAUCUCACCAGAGGAAGCGAAGAAAUGGCUGAGCUACUGGCGCGGAAAGGGCUAUCUCCCCGCCGAAUGACCGCAGCGGACAAACAUAGAUCAGAACGGCAUGUACACAUUGAAGCGAGACUGACAGUGAACUCGAAUCACGAGCUGAUAGUGUGAAUUCUUGUUGAAGAAUAAUUGAUAAUAGAGGAUAUUGCAAUCAUGCUCAACAUUCGGUCGAGACAUCACAUCGGAGGAAGCGCUCCGCCGCCCGCCUAGCUCCAUCCACAGAGCAUGGCUCUUGCAGAUUGUGUGCAGGAGUCCCAAGGCUGGGGGCUUAAGUCCCCUAGUGGGCUAUGAAGGCGCCAACCAUGGCUUUUGCAUUAUCUUCAUUCGAUGCUCACAAAGCGGAGAGUUUGCACGUGACCCACUCCCGAUGAGUGUGACGCGACGGCUGUCAGCGUGACGUGCCUUUCCGAUGCCUCUUGUUGUCAAAUGCCUUAUGUCCUCUGUAUCGCUUGCGCACACACCUUCCCAUCCCUCAGUGAUUCAGACGUAGAACAUGGGGCAUGUGAUAAGCCGUGUGCGGCGAAGUCUCGAAGUAAGUUGAACGCUAUUCAAAGAGUAAAGCGGGAAUGGGCAUGUCAUUUGCAUUUGACAUCCGGCAACUUGGUCCCUUUCCCGGGGCUCUCCUUCCUUGCUGAAAUGCCAGGAAGAGGAAGCGAGAUCUGUCUUGGACCCACUAGUUUGUCCCUGACUCCGACGCAUGCCGCUGACCCUUCCCACAUCUCGACUGAGUUGGGGAAGCGAUUAGUAAUUAUCAGCAAGUAUGGUAGAUACAAAUGCUCAUUCUGAUGGCCAGAUGCAAUAGAUUCUUCGGAGGUCAUGAAGACAAAGCCUUACUCCCCCCUUGAUUGUUGAUUCGAAUACAA